UUCAUGUGCAAUAGUAGGUAUGCACUGACCUGUGUUUUGGUUUUCUAUUUGCGUAUUUUCCCAAAAAAAACGUGUAAAUAAAAUAAAUAAAAAGUAAGCAAAACAAAAUGCCAACUGAAAUCGAGAAUAUAAACCCCAAUGUCUACGACAAGAUUAAGGAAAGAGUGCUUACGGCCAAUGAAGCAGACGAAAAUGUGCCCGAUCCCUUUGACAAGCGAGAGAUUUUUGAUCUCAUAAGGAAUAUCAAUGACCCGGAGCAUCCUUUGACCCUGGAGGAGUUGCACGUGGUGCAGGAGGACCUAAUCCGCAUCAGCGAUGGCCAGAACUCUGUGCACAUCAGUUUCACCCCGACGAUUCCGCAUUGUUCGAUGGCCACCUUAAUUGGCCUUUCCAUCCGGGUGAAGCUGCUCCGCUCGCUGCCGCCACGUUUCAAGGUCACCGUGGAGAUUACGCCCGGAACACACGCCUCCGAACAGGCCGUAAACAAGCAACUGGCGGACAAGGAACGAGUGGCAGCCGCUUUGGAGAACAAACAUCUCGCCGAGGUGAUUAACCAGUGCAUCUCCGCCAGGGGUUAGGCUAUACUUAUGUUGAUAUUUUGUAUCCCUCAACUUGGAUACAUACACCUGCUGUUGAUUUAGUUUAUAGAGAAAAUGAUUUAAUACAUUUUUCUGCUAACAA